ACAAGUUCUGUGGACGAUGUCUUGAGCGUUCGCAUGGAAUGACCUGGGUUGAUAUGAUGAUGAAUCCCCAGAGUUCUGAAUCCUGCCCGUCAUGCUUAGGCGUCCGUGUUUGCUUGGAAUGCAGCAAAAAUAGGCCAGAGAUUAAUCAAUACAGGCCUGCCAACACUCUCCGUCGUAGAAACGAUGGGCAGCCGCUGAUCUACAAUGAUCCCUCCGACGACCAUCGUAACAAAGGAGGCAUCGCUGAUAACUAAGCCCCUUCGGUCUCUACAUCUUCACUAUACUGGAUCACGCCUGGCAGAAACUUAUGGCAAUAGCCCCGACCUAUUGCGAGAUAUCCAACUCCAGUUCCAGUGCUGUGGAUUCCACGACGUCUUGGACCGCGCCAUCCCCAAGGAUUAUCCUUCAAUCUGCCAUGACUCUCCGGACUUUGGAUUCUCAAAGUCUUGUGAAGACAGAUUGACUACGAUAAGCUUGAGCACCUCUUCCGCCAAGAGCAACAUGCUUAGUGAACACUACCAGAACAACUACUGGGGACGGCCGUGCAACAGCUGGAGGUUGUGGUGA